GGGGCCCUGGAUAGAGGGGGCGGGGCCGGCGGAGUGAUGGCCCGGGCUGUCGCCGCUGCCGCCGCCGCCGCUCCGGUAACAGGAACCGAAGUCGCCGCUGCCACCGCCGCCCGGGUCGCCGGCCGCCCACGGUCUAGCGUGGCUGGUACCCGCAGUCAUGGAGGACUUCAUCGUGAUCUCGGACGACAGCGGUUCGGAGAGCUCGGGGGGUACCCGCUCGGGCCGGGCGCGGAGGCUUCGCCGGGCCCUGUCGCGGACCCCCGGCGCGCCGCCCCGCAGGACCGUGGACUUCAUCGACUUGACUAGAGAAACCAGACCGAGGGCGAAGGACCGCAGUGGGUUCUCUGUGAUUGACCUGACAAGAAGUGAGGAAGAGAAUACACCUAUUGAUACUCUCGAUUUGACUUUGGAAUCUGUCGUUCCCACUCAGAAGGAACCAGCCUGUCUUCAGACAUGUUCCAGCCUGUCCAGCAAAGAGGUGAUGGAAGCCCGAGGGAACAGAAGCUCUUGGCCUGUGGCACGAAGAAUCAUUAACAGUGAGCCUGUGGAUCUGGAUCUGUUGGAAGAAAUUCCUUUUGAAGAUCCUCAAGCCCCUGCAUCUGUCAGUCAGGACUGUGUUUAUCCAGAAGAGCCAAAUUGUAGCUCAGCUACAUUCCAAGGUGACCUCAGCUUCUUGACAAGCACACAGCUAUCUUCAAAUGUUAGCUCCCUUUCCCCAGCAAGCAAUAAUGGCAACAGCAAUCAAAGGGCCCCCUUGCUGUGCCCGCGGCAAGAUGAGCCAUGCCCACGACAAACCUUGCCAUGCUCACUGCGAGCCCUGCCAUCCCCGCAGAGAGCCUCUCCGUGUCCACCACGAGCCUCCUCGUGCCCACCGCGAGCCUUGUCAUGCCCAUCACAAGCCACUCAGUGCCAGCUACCAGCUUUGCCUCACCCACCUCAAGAAGUGCCGUGCCCUCCUCAAAAUGUGCCAUGCACUCAGCACAAUAUCCCUGUCCUAUCUCAAGACUCAUCAUGGCAUCCUCAUUGCUCACUGAGCCCACCUCAAGGCUCUCUGAGCCUACCUCAAGAUGUACCAGGCCCACCUCAAAACCUGUUGUAUCUACAAGAUGUGGCAUACCAGCAAGAUAUACAGUCACUGCGAGAUGUGUCGUGGUCACUGGGAGAGGUACCACGGCGACUGGAAAAUAUACCACAGUUACCUGGCAACAUAGCACAGUCUCCAGGCAAUAUGUCACAGUUACCCAGAGGUGUUCUACUUUUGCCAGAUGUUCUACAGUCACGUGAAGACGUGCUACGCUCAUCAAGAGACCUGCCAUGUUCACCAGGAGACUUGCCUCGCUUACCACAAGACAGACCUGACCCUCCCCAGAAUAACAUACAGAAUUGUGACAGUCCUAUGGAUAUCUCAGCUCCAUCCUCUACAAGUUGCUCCCCCAGCCCACCAUCUUCACGGUCUGAUGCUUCCUUAGAGAAAGUUCCUUGGCUUUCUGUCACAGAAACAUCAGUCAGAAAAGAGAUGUCAUUGUCAGAGCCUGCCUGUGCCAGGUCUGUCCAGGUACAAGCACAAACACUGCAAGGCAGGCUGUACAACAGACCCUGCCUGCAUAGAAUGAAGUACUUUUUGCGACCUCCAGUCCACCACCUCUUCUUCCAGACACUAAUCCCAGAUAAAGAUGCACGAGAGAGCAAGGCUCAAAAAUUGGAACCCAUACCUCAUCGAAGACUAAGAAUGGUGACAAACACUAUUGAAGAAAACUUUCCCCUGGGGACUGUGCAGUUUUUGAUGGACUUUGUGUCACCCCAGCAUUAUCCACCCAGAGAAAUUGUAGCUCACAUCAUCCAGAAAAUCCUGCUCAGUGACUCUGAAACAGUGGAUGUCCUCAAGGAUGCCUACAUGCUUCUCAUGAAAAUUCAACAGCUGCAUCCAGCCAAUGCCAAGACAGUGGAGUGGGACUGGAAACUGCUCACCUAUGUCAUGGAGGAAGAGGGUCAGACUCUGCCUGGGCGAGUCCUUUUUCUGCGUUACGUAGUGCAGACCCUGGAAGAUGACUUCCAGCACACCCUGAGGAGACAGCGGCACCACCUGCAGCAAUCCAUUGCGAACACUGUGCUGUCCUGUGACAAGCAGCCCCACAAUGUCAGAGAUGUUAUCAAGUGGCUGGUCAAAGCAGUAACUGGAGAUGAAUUAAUUCAGUACCCAAAUGGGAACCAAACCUCUUCAGGAAGAGGAGUGUUGAAAACCAGCAGUGGUCAACCCUCUCCCCAGCCUAACCUGACCAAGAACACCAAUCAGCUGAUUGUGUGCCAGCUUCAGAGGAUGCUGUCCAUAGCUGUGGAGGUGGACAGGACUCCUACCUGCAGCUCCAAUAAAAUUGCUGAGAUGAUGUUUGGGUUUGUACUGGACAUACCUCAGAGGAGUCAGAGAGAGAUGUUCUUUACCACCAUGGAAAGCCACCUGCUGCGCUGCAAAGUGUUAGAAAUCAUAUUCCUCCACAGCUGCGAGACGCCCACCCGCCUGCCCUUGUCUCUGGCCCAGGCUCUCUAUUUUCUAAAUAAUUCCACAUCGCUGCUCAAGUGCCAGUCCGAUAAAACCCAGUGGCAGACCUGGGAUGAGCUCAUUGAGCAUCUGCAGUUCCUGCUGUCCAGUUACCAGCACGUUUUAAGAGAGCACCUACGCAGUUCAGUGAUUGAUCGAAAGGAUUUAAUCAUCAAAAGGAUUAAGCCCAAGCCCCAGCAAGGAGAUGACAUCACAGUGACGGACGUGGAGAAGCACAUCGAGGCCUUCCGCAACCGUCUGGUCCAGAUGCUUGGGGAGCCUUUGGUCCCCCAGCUCCAAAAUAAAGUGCACUUGUUGAAGCUCCUGCUCUUCUAUGCUGCAGACUUGAACUCUGACGCAGAGCCAGCCUCAAGGCACUAGAACAGCCCACGAGGGUCUCCUCAGCACUGAGCACUGAGAAUACCUCCAUGAACUGUUUCUACCUUCCUGGACGCUCUCAGAGUAUGGACAGUAGUGAAAUCCUCGCAGGACCAAACUUAUUUAUCUGUAGGUCAUAAUAACUAAGUCUUCAGUAUAUAGCUCUUUAAUAAUCCUAUCCUGGCCUGUUCCAAAUAUGGCUUAAAUAUACAAGGUGUAUAUAUUUUUAAUAAAUUAUUUAUAUAUACAUUUUUUGAAACAGGUGAUAGUAAACGCACUAUAUAUUUUAAAAUUUCCUUUUGAGACAUGAGAGACUCCUCUGCUGGACAGACUACAUCACUGUUGUCAUUCAAGGCACUACCAGCCUUUCUGGAGAGACAGUGUUUUCCCUAACAGAACACAGACAUCCUAUUGUAGACCAUUUUAUAUUACCUAGAAGUACAAGUUUGUGGCCAGUCUAUUCAUACCUAAUGUAACAGAGGGGGAUGGGUAGUACCUGGAAACAAAAGGAUAGCAUGUAUUAUAAAACAUUUGAUGUUAAAAUGAUAUAAUAAAAAGCCAACAGUUUUUCAAAAUA